AUGAGUGGAGCUGUUAUCGUUGCUGUUGCCGCUGCUAUUGGAAAUUUAUUGCAAGGAUGGGAUAAUGCAACUAUUGCAGGGUCUAUUUUAUACAUAAAGAGGGAAUUUCAAUUAGAAAGUGAACCCACAGUUGAAGGUCUAAUUGUAGCUAUGUCACUUAUUGGAGCCACCGUGGUUACUACAUGCUCUGGAGCCCUAUCAGACUUGUUUGGACGACGCCCUAUGCUGAUUAUCUCUUCCCUCCUUUAUUUUGUUAGUUCUCUUGUCAUGUUUUGGUCACCAAAUGUUUAUAUACUACUAUUUGCAAGACUUUUAGAUGGCUUGGGAAUUGGUUUGGCAGUUACCUUGGUACCUCUUUAUAUAUCUGAGAUAGCUCCUCCUGAGAUUAGGGGAUCACUUAAUACACUUCCACAAUUCACUGGUUCUGCUGGUAUGUUUUUAUCUUACUGUAUGGUGUUUGGGAUGUCACUAACCAAGACACCAAGCUGGAGACUCAUGUUGGGUAUUCUUUCAAUCCCCUCUCUUAUUUAUUUUGCACUAACACUAUUGUUAUUGCCGGAGUCUCCAAGAUGGCUUGUUAGUAAAGGUCGAAUGCUUGAGGCUAAACAAGUUUUACAAGGCCUUCGUGGAUGCGAAGAUGUUGCUGGUGAGAUGGCUUUACUGGUUGAGGGUCUUGGAGUCGGGGGUGAUACAUCCAUAGAAGAGUACAUGAUAGGUCCAGCUAAUGAAUUAGCUGAUGAAGAGGAUCCAUCUAUAAGUAAAGAUCAUGUAAAAUUGUAUGGGACUGAACAUGGCCAAUCUUGGGUUGCUAGACCUGUCACCGGACAAAGUUCUGUUGGCCUUAUAUCUAGGAAAGGAAGCAUGGCAAAUCCGAGUGGUCUAGUGGACCCUUUGGUGACCUUAUUUGGUAGUGUCCACGAGAAGGUCCCGGAAACAAGAAUGGGAAGCACUCUUUUUCCACACUUUGGAAGCAUGUUCAGUAUUGGCGGAAAUAAUCAACCAAGAAAUGAAGAUUGGGAUGAAGAAAGCCUUGCUAGAGAGGGUGAUGACUAUAUUUCUGAUGCUGCUGCCGGUGAUUCUGAUGACAAUUUGCACAGUCCAUUAAUUUCACGUCAAACAACUAGUAUGGAUAAGGACAUGCCUCCUCCUGCUGCCCAAGGCAGUCUUUCAAACAUAAGACAGAGUAGUCUUUUACAAGCUGGGAAUGCUACAGGAGAACCUGUUGGGAGUACUGGAAUUGGUGGUGGUUGGCAGUUAGCUUGGAAAUGGUCUGAACAAGAGGGCCCAGAUGGAAAGAAGGAAGGUGGUUUCAAGAGAAUAUAUUUACACCAAGAAGGUGGUUCUGGAUCUAGACGCGGAUCUGUUGUUUCACUUGGUGGUGGUGGUGGUGUUGAUAUGCCAACAAAUAAUGGUGAGGCUGUACAAGCUGCUGCUCUUGUGAAUCAACAUCCAGUUGGACCCAUUAUGGUUCAUCCAUCUGAAACAGCUGCAAAAGGGCCAAGUUGGAAUGAUCUUUUUGAACCGGGGGUGAAGCAUGCAUUGUUUGUAGGGGUGGGACUUCAAAUUCUUCAGCAGUUUUCUGGUAUAAAUGGAGUCCUCUACUAUACACCACAAAUUCUAGAACAGGCAGGUGUUGGUUUUCUUCUUUCAAACUUGGGUCUUAGUUCUACUUCAUCAUCUUUUCUAAUCAGUGCAGUGACAACCUUGUUGAUGCUUCCUAGUAUAGCUAUUGCCAUGAGACUCAUGGAUAUUUCUGGUAGAAGGACCUUACUACUCACUACAAUCCCUAUCUUGAUAGUAUCUCUUAUCAUAUUAGUCCUAGGGAGUCUUGUGGAUUUGGGCAGUACUGCAAAUGCAUCAAUCUCAACCACUAGUGUUAUUGUCUAUUUCUGUUUCUUUGUCAUGGGAUUUGGGCCAAUUCCCAAUAUACUUUGUGCUGAGAUCUUCCCAACCCGAGUUCGUGGUCUCUGCAUUGCCAUAUGUGCUCUUACAUUUUGGAUAUGCGACAUCAUUGUCACCUAUUCACUCCCAGUUAUGUUGAAUUCUAUGGGUCUUGGUGGUGUUUUUGGUUUGUAUGCAAUUGUGUGUUUCAUAGCUUGGGUGUUUGUCUUCUUGAAAGUUCCAGAAACCAAAGGCAUGCCACUUGAAGUGAUCAUUGAGUUCUUCUCCGUUGGAGCAAAACAAGUUGACGCUACUAAAAACAAUUAAUUGAAGGGUAUGGCAAAUUGAAAAAAAAAUUAUGGUACCUUUCAAUUGUUUUCAAUCUAUAAUUUUGUUUAAUUUUUUUCUCUCUUUUUGAUUUAUCUUUGCUGUUAAUCUAUCUUUUUGGUGGGUUGAGAUUGAAGCAUGAAACUCUGUUUAUGUAAAAAAAAAAAAGGUUAAUUUUUCUAGUUCAUUUAUGGGAAUAUAGUUAUUAUUAUUAUUCAAAGGUGAAAUUGUUAUAUGAUCUGAUUUUAUUGAGGUGAAUUGACCUGCUUCAUUUACAGAAUAGAUAACA